ACGACAGCGACGGCACUAGCACGGCUACGGCGACGACGCAUCGCGCAUCCAUGAAUGCAUUUAUCCAUCAGAGAGUGAGCAGUGAGAGAACGGUCAACGGGCGGUUCAUAAGUAUACUUAUGUGGUAUUUGGUGUAUAGUGCAGUAUGGUAUGUACACUACUCCUAUACUUGUACACUUCAUUACACCACACGUGUGUAUAGUAAUAGUGUAUAGUGAGUGUGUACUGUGUAUUCGUUGCGCGAGUGCGGACUGCGGAGUCGCCGGAGUGUCGAGACUUGAAGUCGAGACUCGAGACUCAUGUCGGGAAGAGGAGAGAAGGGCAUCAGGCAGGGGCGCUUCCUGUGUGUACUUGCGGCACUGGCCUAAAAAAAGAGUCUCGCACAACACUGCAGCUCUGCAGCUCGGGCUGCACGAGAACAAACGCGUAUGUACCUAUAUAGGCGCGAAGCGAAGCAGCAGCAACCGAACUUUUGCAGAACAGUAGCGCAGCGAUCGUGCGCGCAUGUGUGCGAGCGAGAGAAGCGGAGAUCGAGUGCGCGAGCGGGCGCAGAGAAGCGAGAAAGAGAGAGUGUCGAGGAGACGAGCUAGAGGAAAAGGACGGAGCAGGCAGGCGGACGGGCGCAGGCUGUUCGCGAGAGCGAGCCAAGCUGAACGAACGCGCGCGGCCCGGAUGUCGUUUCAAUGCAACGAAAAUGGUGAACUUUGCGAGAAAGUGGGUAUCGAGUAAACGUCGCAGACGAGACAGCUCUAGCCACCAUGACAGAGGCGUCGGAGGAUGGUAACUAUUUGGUGAGGGUACGGGCACAGGUGAUGACUCGGGAUGAUAGUUCUGGAGGUUGGGUUCCAUUGAGUGGAGGAGGUCUGGCAAAUGUCUCUGUCAGAAGAAGAUCGAUUGCUUUCACAGGGACACAUCAGCCUGGUACAAUAAACGGAACCAGUAUACCUACAACGAUAGCAAUCACCCCUGCACCCUCUACCACCAACUCUGCGCAUUCUACAGGCACAAUUACAAACAGUCAAGGUCAUGGUUCACUGAGCAAUUCUCCACCAGCUGUACCAAAAAGGAGAUAUGAAUAUCUUAUUUAUGGAAAAAGGAUCACAGAUCAAUCUGUUGUGCUUAGCUGCACUAUAAAAAAAGAUUUUGAGUAUAACAAAGUGAUGCCCACGUUUCAUCAUUGGCGUACAGGAGAGAAAAAAUUUGGACUGACUUUUCAAACAGCUGCUGAUGCACGUGCUUUUGAUAAAGGCGUUCGGACUGCAGUUCAGGAAUUAUUAGAAGGACUUGCUGAACAAUCUUCACUGUCCAAUGAAAAUGGCCAAGCAGAUGGUGCUGGCGAUGAUGAAGUUUUUAUGACGCUUAACUUGCCAGUAGAGCCACCGGAACCACGUCAGUCGACAGACGCUACGCCUCGUGGCAUAGUUCGAAUACCGAAUUAUCAUUCUCAGUGUUCAGAUCUCCUGGAUUCUCAUAGACCCAUUCACUAUAUAGACAGUUCAUCGAUUGUCAAGAUGCCCCCUCAUCAUCACAGCUUUCAUUCACAAUCGCAACACCAACACCAUCAUCCGCUUGAGUCCAGGACGACCGAUAUUGCUUCCGAUAACUAUCCCUACGUACAGUUGACAACGCUCAACCACGAGUACCUGUAUCCAGUCAUAGACGACCAACAGCAGCAGCAACAGCAGCAACAGCAUCAAUACCAUAAAACGGAGCGAUUGGAUCACAGUAGCUCAACAGGAUCGCUGAAAAAACCAGACAUACUCGCUCAGCAGCCGACGAAAGCUUCUAGCGGUAUGACAGGGAAAACUGGUCGGGCAAAUUUAAGGUUACGCUGUAAGCAUUGUCAGGAAUUGUACACAGAGCAGCACAAUCCGAGGGGUGCUUGUGAAUACGCUCCAGAUCCUGUGAGACGCGGCAUCGCAACUGUGUCAUGCCUAUCAUGCGCUCAAUGCAUGUUAUAUCACUGCAUGAGCGACGCCGAAGGUGAUUUUGCACAAAAUCCUUGCAGUUGCAGCACAGAAGAAGGCUGCAGUCGACGAUGGCUUGGGCUGGCCCUGCUGUCUCUCAUUGUACCGUGCCUCUGGAUUUACCCUCCGCUCCGGGCGGUCCACUGGUGUGGCAUGUCUUGCGGCAUGUGCGGCGGGCGCCACCAUCCCAUGGAAUAACUGGAGGAGCCCUUUGAUAUCUCUGCAUCGUUCUCUGCUUACAAUGUGUCCAGGACAAUCACGGUGGAUCCUGCAAAGCGCAGGCUUAACACUGCCGUGGCCAACGUCUAUGAGUGUCACGACCUUAGCAUGGGACGGUGCCAGAGAUACCAAAGGGGUAGGCAGCUACCGGUACACGCGCUCAUCCAUCAGCGUCAUCUCUGAAGAAAACCACUAAGGAACUUGCAUAAACUUUUACACAAAUAAACUUGCUUACUUUUGAUCGGGUGCGCACAAAAAUGCACGAAUACGCAUGGGGAAAUUGGGUUCUCCGCUCAAGAUCAAGUUUUAUUGCAAGACAGUCCCAUGCAGUGAAGUUAUGCGUUACAAAUACUGAGAAUUUAAUUAAUCUUAUUAUAAUACUAUGAUAAAACUAUGAUUACAAGAAUUGGUUAAAAGCCCAAGAACCCAAUACCAACAUUGCAUACUAUCGUUCAUCUUGUUUUUGGAUACUUUUGACUAGACAAUGAAAAGCGAAUUGUUUAUACAGAUUUAUAUAAACUGUAGCAAAACUCAUUGCUAUGGUUUGUCACUGAAAAAGUUGUGAUAAAUUAUUUGAUCACGUCAUUCUAAUAAUUUUUAUACUGUAAUAGAAUAUGUUCUUUGUAACAAACGUUCUGUUGAUUAACAGUUCUAAUUUCUUUUGUUUAUUUUGGAAAUAUUUAAGACUAGUUAUGAAAAUUUAUCAAAUACGUUUUGUAAAACCUUCUGUCGCUUAAAGUAAGGAGGAUCAUUAAGUAGGUGCUAUUGAAUGAAAAUAGAAUUCACGUAUUUCUUACUUAAACGAAUAGCAUUAUAAUUAUAACAAUAAUCCAAGUUUUGUAUAAAAAUUUAUUACAAUUUAAAAAAUUUACUGUAUUUGAACUGUUGACACUUGAAAGUUGCUGAAAUAUGAAUUUUCUUGAAAGUGUCUUGUCUUGUUUAAAACGUGAAAAUUCUAAAUUCUCAAGUGUCCAAUCCAAUUUUAGCGGUAGCAAAUGUAUAAAAUGAGAUGUUACACGCAAAAACACACACGGGACAGAAUUAGCGAAACGGUUAUGCCGAGACGCAUUUAUCCCAUAAAUACAGUUGUAUAUUCCGUAUGUUUUGUAUAUUUUGUUAUUCGCCUAUUGUGAAGGAAUGGUAUAUCUAGUUUUUUAUCUUUGUAUUUUAGAAUCUAUGCUCAAUCAUCGAUUCCCAGCAAGCCAAAGCGUAUGAGUAACAUAAUGUGGUUGUUAGUCUCGGCGUUUGAGAAUUUUAAAUAGAAUUGGCAAGUCAACGAUACCGCAGCGCCAAAAAGCCCAUGCUAAUUUCCAUAAAGUGGCGAAUUUUCGAAGCAGAGCAACACCCGAUAUAUAUAUAUAUAUAUAUAUAUCUAUAUAUAUAUACACACACACACACACACACAGCUUUGAAAACUUACCGCCUUGUGAAAAUUAACAUUGGCUUUUUGGCGCUGCGGUAUCGUUCAAUUGCUAAUAAAGUCUUGCCUGUAUAUGAUUAUUAACAUUAACCCUCAAUUAGAUGUCAUAUAAUAAACGAAAAAUUUGGAAUAUAUUUUAAAGAUAUUUUUUACGAUAUAUAUAUUUUACGUCAUAUUUCUUACGAAGACUUGUACUUGUACGAAAUAUGAUUUAAAUUUGCGAGAAAUUUCAUUUUCAAUUAUAGUUUGAUAGAUCUUUUACUGAUUCAAGCAAUAUCAUGAUCUCUAAUCAGAGGGUUAAAAUUUAAAUGAUCUUUAAACUUCGCCAAUGCUUACACAAAUGUGUUUAUGUAUGAACGCAAUCGUCCUAGUAGUUAAAUGAUAAUCUUAUUCAUAUUGUUAUAAGUGUAAAACUUUUUAAAAUUAUUUACGUAAAAAACUCCAUUCCUUUAACUAGGCAUGCCGGAUAUUGAAAGAGUUACAUAGAUCGUUUGAUCUUUGCAUUCGAAUUUGUUAUUGUAAAUAAUAGUUAAAAUUAGCAAUGUUUGAAUUGAGAACCUGAUUAUCAACAAUUAAUAUGUACAGCUGCGACAGGGUAAAAACUUGCAGCAGAAUUAUUUUUUAGUGUGAAAUAUUUUUUUAACAAAAUCAAGAAAAAUACAAACAAAUGUAUAACCGUGCAUUUAUACUUUUAGAAUUUUAGACAGAAUUCAAGCAAGAAGGCCAGAAAGAUAAAUGGUCGGCUUGCUCGAUUCAACCAUUGCUUAAGAGGAAAAUUAAGAAUUUACGUGCUUUCGUUCGCUAAUAAUUGGAUAUACGUACUAACGUAUUUUAGAUAUAUCGCUUGGGCGAUAUGUAAUAUAUAAACAUGAAUUUCUGCUUAUGCAGAAGAAUUAUCUCAAAUAUUUUUGACAUAUUUUUUGUUAUUUAUAAUUUUUACGAAUUCGCAGUAUCGCAGACCGAGGUAGACAACCUUGCUUCUCGCUAUGUUUGUCAACCGUCUUUUGUAUGUGUGUGUAUAUGUAUUAUAUCUCCACACGCACACACACACGCGCAAAAUAUUAAACUAUAUAACAGUAUUUUAGUUUGUGCGUUAUGUUUCGAAGGCGCUGAUAAAUUGUAACCUACUAAAACUGAAAUUUGUAGAUUCUUUGAUGUUUUUUUUUCGGCGCAUAUUUUUGUGAAAAAUGAAAAACAAACAAACCAUGUAACAACGAAUUAUUAACGUUCUUUUACGUAUUAUUUGUUCACGCACAUACAUAUUUUCCUUUGUUACACAAUGAAAAAAAAAAAAAAAUAUUUCGAAAGUUGUGAUGAAUUUGAAGAAUUUAUAUUUGUCUAACGUGUAAUCUUUCCACUGAUAACUGCUUUUGUACGUAUGGAAAUUGUUUAAUAGUCUGGUAUUUGUACAAUUUUUUACUUGGUAAUUUUCGUAUGUUUUUUUAAAGAUAGGUUUAAAGAAAAAUAGUGAAUGAUCAAUUGUCUAAUUAUACUUAAGAAAACUUGAUUGACAAAAAAAAUCAUGUAUGUUUGUUUCACCUUCAGUAAAUUAGUUGCAGAAAUGGUUCGUCACUAAUAUACCGAUUCUAUUUCAAAUUAUAAAAGUUAUAUUACUGAUAUCAACUGAGACGUUGAAACACGAUCUUCUCAAACGUAUGGAGCAAAAGCAUAAACAUACGAAAUCAUAAAAUUUAAAUCAUUACAAAAUUUCUAAAAUAACCCAAUAAAUUAUAUUAUACAAAAGUAAUUAAAAAAAAAAUAAGCAUAUUUCAAACCUCUUCCUGGUAUAACCACCUCAAAUGUUUUAAUAGUAAAAUUCUAAAAAUUUUGAAAUGGAAUCGAUCUGUUAUAAAAUAAUAAAUAAAACGAAUUUUUGUUCAAAUGGACUAAGGCUGAAAAUUGAUAAUAAUAUGUUUAUUGAAAUAAGAAAGUAUUUUUUUUUAUAAUACGUGAAGAAAAAGGUUUCUUUUGCUGCCUAUAAAGUGAAAUAAAAAAUGAGUAUUUUGACUCCACUAUUUUCAUUUUCAACUUCUUUUUAUUGCAGCUCGAAUAUUUGAAACAAUUUUCCAUAAUUUAGUAUUUAUUGGUUGAUAUUGAAAAUGUUGAAUAUGUUAUAUAUUAACUUACAAAAUGGAUGUCUCGAAACCCUCGUAGAAGUCGUUCUAUUUCCUAGCCAGAACUAACCAGUAACAGAUUAUGAAAUGCCGUUUAUGACACAUAGUGGUCUGUUACUGGCUGGUACUGGCUAGGGGGUAGAAUGAUUUCUACCAUCAGGGAAAACGCAAUGCUCAAUCUAAUUUAUGCAUGGGCCAAGAAAGAUAGCAUUUUAAUGCAUGUUUCACAAAAAUAUGGUGAUCAACAAGGGGCAAAUAUAUACAUUUCGAUACUAUAGCUUGAAAGAGUUGAUUCAUUUUCGAGUGAAUAAUCAUUUUUCGCCAAUGUGUGAAACGUUAUUUUUUAAUACAGAGGGUACAAAAUGCGAUUUAUCACAUUUUCGUCCUUAGUAGUGCAAUGCACUAUUAUUAGGAUAAAAUUGAAACAACUUUGAAGUACAAAAAUUACUUUUAAAGAUGAAUUGCAUUGAUUAAAACGAACGUGUUUGUUUCACUGAUUCUCGCACUGUCAAAUUGUGAUUACGCCUUCGUUAAUUUUGUUUAUUAAUCUUUUUCAAGAACACAAAUUAGAGUAAACACAAUAUCUAUCGUCUAUACUCCAGUAUCUUGCCAUUUUUAAUAAGUAUACAUACACGCGAAACUUAUGAGACUUAAGAAACAGAGGAUUGAAUAGUUAUUACUAUCUUCGUAUUAAGUUGUAAGAGAUUUUUUAGUUUUCGAAAUUCUAAUCCGCUUGUAAAGCUUCGGAGACGUAUAUUUAAAAUGUUAAGACGCUCGCGUUAAUGAAGAUAUACAGAUAUACGCUAUAACCUACUUGCUACAGAGAUGAAAUUGGUUAUUAUUGCAGGUCAUUUAAUAAUUUUCUUAAUCGUAUUAAAUACAUAAUCACUUAUUAUUCAGAUAUGUAUGAUUUAAUUUAAAAGAAUACAACAAUUCAACUUGUUGUACAUAGGAAUAAACAAUAAAAAAUCAGUUUUUCACAUGAGAUUUUGCUGCGCUAUAGCUGCACCGGAGUUUGAAGGACUCAACUUUUCAAGUCUGAUUUUUUUAGGCUCGUUGUGCGCUUGUCAUAUAGCUUUCUUCAUGUAAUCACGAAUACGAAUCUGCGUCCUUUGUCUUUUCAUCUUAAUCCAUAUAUCGAACGUCAGCGUCGUCGACAUAACAAUAUAUGUAUGAUGUAUAUACAUGUGUGUGGAUAUAUAUAUGCAUGCACGAUUAAAUGGAAGUUAAUAAGAAGAAUUAACCCUGUAAUAAAACGACGAUUGCAAUGAUGAAUGUAAACGACCGACUAAAUAAAAGAAUAUGUAUAGAAUGCGCAAGAGCUUUUUUAGAUAAAUAUUAGUGUGUUCGAUUUUGUAUUAAACUUUUUUACGGUUUUUGUAUUUAUACGUAUCAAAAUGCGUUGGCUUACUCCUAAAGGGCUCAAAGGAGUACUCCAUUCGCUUUUUGAUUAUAGAGUAGCACGUAGUUGUGUAUCAAGUAGUUGGAUGAUCAGUUAUUCUAUACACUUAUUCACACGAUCGUUACGAAAUUCAAAAACCAUGCAUCAGAAACAUUUGCUCUUCUGUGCCGCCAAUAAUCCAAACUAAGUAUGCACAGAUCCAAACAAAGCGAAAAUGAAAACUUAUGAUCCUCUACUGUAUUAUUAUCAUACUACCUUUUCGCCGUUGCGUAUAUGUAUAUUAUAUGCGCCGUUAUUUUCAUCGUUCGCGAAAAAUAAUAAUAGAACUUUUAAAGUUAGCGAGCUAAACUUUCGCUGUAUAUAUCAAAUGCGUUAUAAUUAUGCCUAGAGAUUUUGGUUCGUUACUUGCGGUUAUCCAGCGCAGACAAGUAUUUUCAAACUCACCUUUUGUUUGCAGUUGCCCUACUAUACAGGUAUUCUAAUAGUAUAUACUGCACACAUGAUAAGAUCGCGCGCAUAUUAUAUUUUCUAUAGAAUACCUUGUACCUGGAUGGAAAAUAAUAUAUAUAUUUUGAAUAAUCGAGUUGUUGUUAAAUAUUGAAAAUUUUAAAUUAAAUCAGUAGGUCUUGAACGACAGUGCCAGCUUGCAUAGUAGAACAAGUGAAAGAAAUAUGUAUAAAUAUUCGUGAAAAUGACCUCCAAUAAAUCGCAAAAGAUUGUUUUAUUCUGCAUCAGCGUGCGUGUAUAGUCGUAUUUAUAAAAGGGAUAUUUUUUCGUACUAUUCUAUGAAAGUGUAAACUUCUCUUCGAAACAAAUAAUUGAAGAUCAUAAAUUAUUUCAAGACUUGAUAUAUAAACCACUCCAAGUUUAUGGCUAUUUGAAAAAGAAAAGUUUCGGUUUUGUUUAUUGAGCAAUACUCGUCUAGAUUUUGCAUAAAACACUCCUCGUCGCGGUGAAAAUAUAUUAUUAAUUUUGGGAUUGCUAAAUAUAUGUCAGUGCAAACAAAAAUUCUUAAUCCGAGAUAAAAUACACAUGUUAUAUAAAAAUUCGUACAAGUACAUGAUACAACAUCAAAAGAGUACGUUUAAUGAUUUCCAGUUGUGUAAAUAUGUAUAAUGUGUAUAAUGUUCGUUUCAAUCAUUAAAUUGCAAAAACGUUGCUCGCAUGAACCCGAGAAACUACGUAUAGUCUUGUCGAUUUUUGACUCAUUUUCUACUUGCUGCAUAUACAACGGACUUAAAGAGUAUGAAACCGCAACAAAUAAAAUUCACUUGAUUUUUUCCCCUCAAAACUAAAGAUAUAAUAUUUUUCCAAAAGCAUGAGACUUGUUGCCAUAAAGUCGAUCGUUUAUAGAAGGAAAAUUUUGUAAUUUUUACCUAGUAUAUAUUCUCUACUAUAUCGUUAUAUACUCUGUGCGUAAAUCUCGCUUAAGAAAAAAAGAGACUGCGAACCUCGUUGUUUUUCUUUCAUUUAUCCUCGAGACGUCAUAAAAGUACAAAAACUAUAUUUUGCCAUCAGGUCCCAUGUGAUUCGACUAACAUUAUCAAAUGAGGAUACGCGUGCUUGAAAUAAGUGCAAGUGAACGCGAUUAAGUAGACGUAUUAUAAAUAUAUACAAAAUAAUUUAAGUGUAAGUCAGGUUGUUUGUGAGAGUGAUUUAAUUAUAACUGAACCAGAGAUUAAGCGUACGCCUGCAAACUCGAACAAAUAUAAUAAAGACAGAUGAACAAGAGAAAAACCAUUUAUAGCACAGUGUGGCUAAAAUCGGCUGUUAAGUCACGCCUAUCUGUGACUAAAGAAUAGGCGAGACUUGCGGAUUUUAGCAGUCUGUGCAAUAAAAUUUUAUACGAUACUCUUGACUUAAAUGGUUCAGUUUUACACGGCCCCGUGUAAAAAAGAACCAUUUAAGUCACACGUAUCGUAAUGUACUAAUUAUUAUGAGGCGUCUAUAAUAUCAUACAGAUCAACAAAUAAAGCGAAGUUUGUGAAUAGAAAAUACGUAAAUGUGAUGAAAAAGACAAACGCACGCAAAAAAAGAUUUAAUCGCAAGCGCGAGAUGCAUAAGCCGCGAUAAUAACAAUUAUCGGCGCAUGUGACAAAUUCAUAGGUGUAUAAAAUGAAACUGCAAGUAUAAUGACGUUCGCGAACCUAAUCAUUGUGAAAACAUGAAUUAGAUGACAUUGAAUGCGUAUAGGAAAGCACGUGUCUAUAUAAUUAUAAUUAUAAGUGCGCAAGGAAAAUUCACGCGCCGAAGUCGCUGAUCAAGUGGCUUGUCAUCUUAAAGUCGCGCCGAGGGAAAACUUUGUAACGUAAACAUUGCAAGGUUUCAACGAAAAAAAUUUUAAUUCGCAAAAUUCAUUGUAUCAUAAAUGUCUAAAAUUCUUGUAUCACUAUGUAAUUAAAAACAAAAGUGAAAAAGAACAUGUAUUAUAAUCCUAAUGUAUGAAAAGAAUAAAUCUAUUGUAUCAUGAAUAUUA